AUGCACAAUUCCUUAUUUGGUUCUUCCCUCGGUUUGGCUUUGCCCAUACUGUACGGCUGCCUGGCCGAAGCUGUUCUUGCAAACCCCAUACCAUCACCAACGUCGCAAUCAUCAGCAAUUCCUUCUUGCACCCCUUUUCGUGGCUCGGCCAGCUCCAGGCGGCCUGAUGUUGCGUCGCUUAUCCUUAAGGUUAUUACGUACGCACCAAUUGCGCUCUACGCAGAAAACCUCCGCGUGUCGUCUGCCCUUGUACAAUCGAUCUGUAGCAAGAUUUGCACUCACUCCCCUGUGACUGGGUGUGUCAAGGAUAUCGCUACUCUCUGGAAUAUACGACAGCAAGACAUUUUCGAAUACCCUACAUUCAGCCAGUCCGGAAAACAAGUUGUCUCUCUGCGGCACGGCAACACCUUCGCAUUGGUCAACGCGGCUGUCCUCGACAAUGCGGCCCUGAUUGAACGGGGUCUCUCGCUUGAUCGCCCAAAGCCGGCUACAGAGGCUGCUCUAUCAGUGUUCAGACCUACAACGGUAAAUAUUACCUUUCUGACCCCGACGUCAAAGCCGCAACACAUAAAUCACAUCUCCAAUGUCAAAAGGUUCUGGCUUUCGUACACUAUCACACUUCUUGAAGGCCUGACCCUCCUCCUUGCUGCCGCCUUUCUAGCUUAUGAAGGGCUUUUCCUCGGGGCGGUCAUCUUGGUAUGCCCUUUCGCCAGUACGGCUCUUCUGGUAUCCCUGCAACAUUUCAGCAGGCCCAUCUUUGCCAACAAGGCCUCUAUCGAAAAAGACAACAGGAUAAAAGCAUCAGGAGGAGCGGCAGUGGACGUGCACAUCGUAGCAGCGAACUGGAACGCCUCGGAGCUCGACGUCCUCAUUGGAUACUCAUCCCAGCUCCACGCGCUGACCAACAUCCCAAUGCGAACAAACAAUCCACGCUUGAUGCUCUGGAUGGCGCGCAUUUUGACCGUCGUUCUAGUGACUCAGGCUUCCCUACUAGCUGCUUCAGCUGCCGGGACUCGAGACACCGGCAGUGGCAGCGGCAGCGACCAAACCAACGCCGAAGCAUGGGGCACCUUGUGCUGGCUCGUCUGUUACCUCCUCAUGCUUAUCCCACUUCGCAUCUUCAAGUCGCACUUGGAAGACUCGCUACUUGACACUCAGCCAUUUGUCGCGAGGCGAUUAUCCUCGCUAGUCUUUAGUGGGAGAAAGGAUGCCCUCUGUUUUAUUGCCGGCCUUCCGGUUUCGCUUCGAGAGACCGUUGGUCGCUGGGACUGGGUGGACGCGUUCAUGCCGCCUAACGCACGGCGGAGAGAGUGGGAGGCAGUGACGGAUCGUGUUCAUGCGCGGAUCAAGGUGGCGGCAGUGACUACCUCCGAAGCAGAUGGGACCAUGCUAUCUGAUAAUACGCCCCCUAAUAAUAAAGUCAGCGAGUGGGAAGAGAAACUCUAUCUGAGUGUUCAGGCGGCCCUGGAAGGACCAUUCAAGGAUGCUUUGGGGGAUUUUAUGAGGCAGACGGGGCUAACUCCAGCACCUUGA